ACAGUGGUGUUACUUGGGGUAGUGUUGGACUACCUUCUUCUGUGUGAUGUGAGUUCAGUGAAGAAAUCCAUGACGUUGCUACUGACCGCCAUGAUGGAUGCGUGCAAGAAAGACACACCACUCAACCUCCAGACCCAAUUGCUGAGUGUCCUUCGAGGCUUUCUCUCCAAACAUUUGAGAGUGCAUCAAGCGGCCGCCCUACGUAGCCUGGAGACAGUGGCUGUGCAGCAUCCUGCACUCAUAACAGCUCUGAUAAGUGACUGUUCCAGGCUAGUUUCGGCAUGUGAACACAAGCGAGGGGUCGGGGCUGAUAGCACACUAAGGCAAGCCUACUGCAAUGUUCUGAGUCAUCUCGGAGAGGCUGGGGAAGCAGUCAUCACAAGGAUAAAAAACGGAGAGAAACUUCUACAAAAUUGAAAACAUCGUCUUGUGCAUGCAGCUAAGGGUAUGGAUUUUUUAGGGGUUAACCAGUCUGCGCCAGGGUUAUUUUGACAUUGACCGGACCAAGGCGCGAGAUAGUUUUCACGAACCUCGAUGCCAGACGGGUUCAGGCCGUCAUCUGUGGGUAGCACACCCUGAUAUUUCCAGCCUCGCUUGUUGCGUGUUUAUUCGUCAUCCGUUCUGAACACCGCAAAAUCUUUGCGUGUAUACACGUCAUCCGAUGUGAACUGGUUGUCAUAUCCAGCAUCUUGCUAAAGCGCUUGUUGGGAUUCCAUGCAGUCCCAAAAAAUUAGAAUGUGCUGGUUUCAAUGGUUCGGUUUUGUGUACCAAGAGGUAGAACGAUAAAGCGCUGAGCUACGAAAACACCACACAAUAAAUCUUUCAUAUAUUUGUAUACAUUUAUAUGAUUCUGCAUGAUUUUCU